GGGAGCCAUAUCGUACUGACUGGAUUCAUUACCAAAUUUAAAUGGAAUAAUUAACUUCUUUGUCAUUGUAAUAGCUGACCACUCUUCUUCUUCUUCUUCUUUGUUAUCGGCAUGGAAUGACAUCUGUGAAAGGGUCACCUGAAGAGGAGACACCUGUUUACAGCUGUAGGUUGUAAUGGAUACCCUGCCAUUAGGCUGGACUGUGCACACAGAUGACCACAAAGAGGAUGGGGCUGGACAGCUGAAGGGGGGACUUGCUGACACCAGCACAGACACACAUGUCCAUGAUCUGUUUCAUGAAGAUGCACAGCAGUCUAGCCAGCCGUGGUGGAGGAUCAAACUGUUUGUGUGGGAGCCUGUGUUAUUCGGCACCUGGGAUGGAGUUUUCACCACCUGCAUGAUCAACAUUUUUGGUGUGGUUUUAUUCCUGCGCACCGGCUACCUGGUGGGGAACACAGGUGUGUUACUCGGGAUGCUCCUGGUCUCCUUGGUGGUGCUGGUUGCUUUAGUGACAGUGAUGUCAGGGAUCGGAGUGUGUGAGCACUGUGGUGUUGGGAGUGGAGGAAUCUACUCCAUGAUCUCCACUGUCCUGGGUGGCAGGGUUGGGGGCACAGUGGGCCUUCUUUAUGUGUUUGGACAGUGUGUGGCUGGAGCCAUGUAUAUCACAGGUUUCUCUGAGUCGGUGGCGGAGCUGCUGGGUUUACAGACCCAGUGGGCGGUGCGUGGCAUGUCAGCGGUGGUGCUGCUUGCCCUGCUUGGAAUCAACCUGGCUGGUGUCAAAUGGAUCGUCCGACUUCAGCUGCUUCUGCUGGCUGUCCUGGCCGUCUCCACACUGGACUUUGUCAUUGGCACUUUCACACACCUUGACCCAGAACAUGGUUUUGUUGGUUAUUCAGCUGAGCUGCUCAGCAGCAACACAAAGCCAGAUUACAGCCCAGGAGAAAGCUUCUUCACUGUAUUUGGGGUCUUCUUCCCUGCUGCUACAGGGGUAAUGGCAGGCUUCAACAUGAGCUCAGAUCUUCAGCGGCCUGAACACAACAUCCCUGUGGGAACGCUGGCAGCUGUCUUCACCUCGUGGUUCCUGUAUCUGGUCUUUGUCUUCCUCCUGGGGGCCAUCUGCACCAGAGAAGCUCUGCGCUACGACUUCUUGAUAGCAGAAAAGGUCUCCUUGGUGGGUUUCCUCUUUCUGCUGGGCCUCUACAUCUCCUCUCUGGCUUCCUGCAUGGGCGGCCUGUACGGAGCACCCAGGAUCCUCCAGUGCAUCGCCCAAGAGAGGGUCAUCCCAGCUCUGGCCUUCCUGGGAAGAGGGAAAGGCCCAAACAGAACCCCAGUGGCUGCCAUCUGUCUGACCAGUCUGCUGACCAUGGCCUUCAUUUUCAUCGGCCAGGUCAAUGUACUAGCUCCCAUUGUCACCAUCAACUUCAUGCUCACCUACAGCUUUAUUGACUACUCCUACUUCAGCGUGGCCAUGACCUUCCAGCUGCAGAGUAAAGAGAAGAGGGACUCCCUCAUCCUGGCCGGAAGAAACCAUCGCAGGUCCACCAGGCAGAGCUCCAGGCCGCUUAUUGAAGCUCCUCUUCCAAACUAUGGAACUGGAGGCAAUAGUCCACAGAGUAAAGGCACUUUAUUGGAGUUCACUAAGGACAUGGAUCAGAUCUUUCCACCUGUCUCAAAUGUUGGUGCUGGAGCUGAGAAGACCUCCUCCAUGCAAGAGCUGAGUAGCCAAGGCAAGUGCAGAAAGGCCACUGCUAAACAGAAGCUGAUGGACAGCUUUGGUUUGGACCUGAACAGCAAUAUGUUCUCAGAACAGAGAGGAGAUGAGAUAAGUUCAGCUCCAUUAUAUGAGGAAGCUGAGGUGCAGUCUGGGAACGGGGAGUUCACAGCUGGAGAAGAGCCACAAGUCAAAUGCUGUACACAAACAUGUCCUAUUGAACAGGAUUCGUCCGCUGACGGUCACAGCACAGGUGUUGAAGGUAAAGCAGAACACCAGAACUUUGAAAUCAAACCCAUUCAGGAUUCAUCCUAUGCAAAGUUCUGCAACCACUGGAUCGCUCUUAUUGGGGCAUUGAGCUCCAUACUGAUCAUGUUUGUUAUCCAGUGGGUUUAUGCCUUAGCAAACAUAGUCGUGGCCUUGUUGCUGUAUUUUUACAUCGGGAGAACAAGUCCUGGACUACCAUUAGGUAUUGCAGCUCGAUUCAGCUUUUUCACAUGGCUCAGAUCAACACUGAACAGCAUUUGCAGGGGAAAAAGAUCUCCUCGGGAUGAGAUUGUGGUGACACCCUCUCUGUCCGGGGUCGGGCUGAAAACCAGGCAGCUGACAGAGGAAAAUGCUGACUUUGCCUCUCGUCACCGCUAUCACCAGUCCUCAUUUAUCAGGGCCGACAAGAUGGUUCAACCACCACUCCACUGACUGAAUUAAACACUGCUUUGGUUACGUCAUAGCUGACAGCCUGAAACCACAUUUUCUGCCUCAAACCGUGUCUCUUGUUGUUCCAAGGGCCACAUUCUGCACAUAAAUUCACUUUAACAGAGAUAUUCAGCGGCUCCGAACCUUACCGUGGGGUGAUUGAAGGAAAUCUGAACUAGAGUUGUACAAAGUGUGUGUGUGUUUGUGUGAGAAAUUGAGAGAGAUGGCUUGGGGCUGAAUUUAGCUGGAGUUGGUAAUUUCUUUUCUUUCUUAAAAAUACACUAAAUUAAAAAUUAAAUUAAUUAAUUUAUGUCUUUAUAUAGUUUAUGGCUUUAACUUUGACUGAAAUAUGACAGUCUGUGAAACUCUCCACCGUUCAGAUUGCUCUGCUGCUGGGUCAUUUCCAAGAUGUCCAGACACCAUGGUGCUCAUGGGGCAUAAAUAUUCUGUGUAACUGUGACACAAAUGUUUCUUUAAAUGAUGUACACUCACUUCUGUAUGUUUGCAGUUAAUUUUUUGUUGAACAAUUUUUCCCUGGUAGUUAUUUUUCUCCUCUAAGUAGAAUCUUCUCAGCACUGCAGGUCUUUUGAUAUUAAAAUUUGAUAUUAAAAAGUGAUUUUCAAAAUAACUGCACUUAUUUUGAAAGAAAUUUAUAGGUGGUAAUAGUAAAAAAAAAAAAAAAAAAAAAGGAACAUAGUGCCAAAUAUACAGUCUUCAUAUCAAAAUCACAGUCUUAUGACAGGCAGUGAUAAAGGAAAAGAUGUGUACAAGGAAAAGCACCAAAUUGGUUAAUAGUAUAAUGGUUAACAAUAAUAGUUUUAUUGAAGGAAUAGAAGUGAUUUGGAGACAGUGUUUUAUAACACGUACUGAAUGUAUUUCAGUAAUACUGUGAGGUCAUUCUCUUUGGGUGAACUGUCACUCUCUUUGAAAGAGCUGCUGUUCGUGCAGCUGAACAGCAAAGAUGUGAAAACCACUUCCUCUCGGCAUUUUGUUGUUAGAGCAGCAACGAACCCUACCAGCAAACACGUGAUAAUCUGUUAAUAUGCUGGUACCUUUUUUUCCUUAUCAACUGUUGUCUAAAUGAUUUGGUAUGAGAUAAUGGUUUGGGCGUCAGAUAUCUCUCAGCAGCAAAGGAGCUGCAGUGUUUCUGCAGCUUCUUUUCACAACCAUCCUUCUCAUGGAGACAAACCUCUGGAUUGUUUCUAAAAAAAAAUUUUUUUUGAACUUCAGUUCUGGUGCAAUACAUUUUUAAUAAAACACACUUGUGAUACAGGACUAAACAACAUACACUGCAAGUCAUUUUGUCAGCCAGUAAUUUAUGUUUCUCUCAUGCUGUCCAUAAAUAUGACCUUGGCAUUACUAAUCUUUUCAGCUCUUUUUCUGAUCCUAGCCCACAACAGUAUGUCCAGUGAACCAGCCAGGCUCCAGCUAAAUUCUUAAUACCUGGAUACACUAACAGACAUGUGGGAUGCUUUGCAAGUGGAAUGUGUUGGAGAUGUGUAUCUCAAAAUGAUUUAUUGUUUCUUUGCAUUCCUUGAUAUUUGAGAAAGUCCACAUUGUUUCAGUGACCUGCUACCUAAUUUUAACUACUUGUCUCCAGAUACUGGAAAUG